AUGUGUAGUUGCUUGUUACAUUGACAACUGUAUUUCAAGGGAUCAUUAUUGUGAUCGUCUGUAUACGAUACAAUGCAGUUAUUUAGUCUCUCUCUAGACGAUUAGGCUUUUAUUAUUAUACUAUAAACCAGAGAGUCUGACAUUUUUUUGCAAAGUGAUAGGUAAAAUUGCUCACGAUUCCGCAAUUUUAGGUAUCUUUUAUACAUAAUAAUUUGCAAGUCGCUUGCCGAGUUUGCGGAGCCCUAGUAUUACCAAGUUGGAAUUGCUGGUGUAACAAAAAAAGUCCUAUAGCUAUAGGCAUAUGUGUAAAUACUUUAUGAAAGGUGAAUACACAAUUGUUGAUCAAAACAGAACUAAAGUAAUAAAUUUUAAUUUUAUGAUGAUUAGUAUGAGAUAAGAGCCAGGGCUUUAAUUAUUCCGAGCUUUGAGCUUAGAGCUUCCAGGAAAAUCCCACAUCCUGGUAUGUGUAUGUAACAACAAAGUCAAAACUAAAGUAGUGCUCGGAGUUUAAAUUACAGAAAGACAUGACAAAGACAGGGUAGGAUCAAUUCAGCAGUAUGAACAUUAGCAGUGCAGUGUUACUUUCUUAAAUAAUGUCUAAAUUAGUCGGUCCAAUGGCUACCAGGGUAAUUCGUUACAGCUAUUGUCAGUUUUUUCAGCUAUAGUGUGGUCUGUACCCCGUCAUAACUCCAGUUGACGUCGUUAUGAUCAAGGACAUAGCAGAUGAUGAGGCUACCCAGGCCACUAACAAUGAUGCCAGCGAGUGCAAGCAGAGCGCCGUGCAGCUUGGCUACUGGGAUGACUGUUAUAUUGGUUAUUUUAUAAAGCAUGCUAGUCGCAGGACACCAGAAAUCAAUCGAGGCUACUAUGCUAGAGUUAAGGGCAUAGAGCUUUUUCUUAACAAAUUUAUUAAGUUAUCUGGAGGCAAUGGACAAAUUAUCAAUUUAGGAGCCGGAUUUGAUACACUUUAUUGGAAACUAAAAGAUGCAAAACUUAAUCUAGUAAACUUCAUAGAACUCGAUUUUCCAAAUGUUACUGCAAAGAAAUGCUAUUAUAUAAAGAAGCACAAGCCGCUCAUCGACAGACUUAAUACGGAAGAUGGUGAGAUAAGGUUUUCUACAACAGACCUUCAUGCAGCUAAUUACCACUUGGUGGGUGCAGAUUUGAGACACGUAUCAGACCUUGCAAAUAAAUUGAAAGAAGCUGAAGUUGAUUUUACAUUACCAACGCUAUUUCUUUCAGAAUGUGUGUUAGUAUAUAUUGACUCUAAUGCUACAUCACUCCUAUUAAAGUAUUUAUCUAAAACUUUCUCUAAUAGUAUUUUUAUAAAUUAUGAGCAAGUUAAUAUGCAAAAUAAAUUUGGACAAGUUAUGCUCACUAAUUUGCGUACUCGAGGAUGUUUAUUAGCUGGAGUUGAAGAGUGUGAAUCCUUAGAGUCACAACGGAGACGUUUUACUGUAAAUGGUUGGGAAGGUGCUGAUGCUUGGACUAUGGUUGAAAUAUACGAUGUCCUACCUGAGGUUGACAAACUGCGUAUUGAGUGCAUUGAAAUGCUGGAUGAAAGAGAACUUCUCACUCAAUUACUACACAAUUACUGCAUUUCUAUCGCAUGGAAUGGGACUAUGUUCCAAAAUCUCUCUAUAUCACAAGAAAUGUCGUGAAAUUUACUCCUGCUACUGUACACCAUAGCUGUACGACUUUUUACAGUUGACAUUGAAGUGUAAUACUAAGUAGACAUUUUUUUUACAAAUACAUAAAAUUUAUCGUAUUUCAUAAUGCUUUACUCUUUUCAAAAUAAUACAUAUCAGUAAAUCCAGAAAAAUAAAGAAAAAUUUUUUUUCUUUAAUAACUAAAUUAAUUUAGAAUAUCUUAUAUAAUUCAGAAAACGCAAAAUUUAAAUAUUCAUCUCAGAGAUAUCUUGUACAAACAUUUUUUUUAAUUUUCGAAGCAGACAUAAAUCUUUAAUUAUUAGGUUAUAAAUGUUUUUUCAUUAUCAACUAUUCUAUGAUCAUUAAGGAUGGUUCUAUUUUAAGUUUUCUUUUUUUCAACAAGUUAUUCAUUUUUUGAUUUCUUACAGUAUGUUUUCUUUUCAAAUCCAGUGACUCGACAAAAUGGUUCCGGAUAAAAGUGAUAAGAGAAUGUAAUUGUGAUGGUAUGUUGGAUAGCGCAAUAAUGACUGACCUUCUAUACAUCUAUGUAUUAAAUAAAAAUGAAAGUCAAUCCAUUGCAAUGGAGUAUUAGCGUAUUAACUUCACCUUACACCGUAAAUUUAUCGAAAAUUUAAAAUUACUUUAUUUAUAGUAAGGUGAAAAUUUAAGUUGGAAAUAAAAUUUCAUUUUUG